CUCCCAGCGUGCAUCGGGGGCAGCCGCGCAUGCGCACACGGGUUUAUUUAGCAUCCAGACAUCCGGAAGCUGCGGCUGUGAAACUGGCCCGAACGGGUCAGAAGCUGGUGUGAUGGAGAGGUGAUGUGCAGUUAGCCAGGAGAGUGAUCAGGCCACAGUCGCCAUGACCGAGUGCUUCCUGCCCCCCAGCAGCAGCCCCACCGAGCAGCGCAGGGCCGAGCAUCCAGGGGGCGUGGCGCGCACCCCCAGUUCCGAAGAGAUCAGCCCCACCAAGUUCCCAGGGUUGUAUCGCACUGGUGAACCGUCGCCACCUCGCGAUGGCUCCCAUCAUCACGAGCCACCGGACGCCUACGUCUCGGAUGAUGACAAAGAGCACGGCAAGAAGAAGAACAAGUUCAAAAAGAAAGAGAAAAGGACGGAAGGUUACGCCGCCUUCCAGGAGGACAGUUCGGCAGAUGAAGCAGAGAGCCCAUCCAAGAUGAAGCGCUCCAAAGGAAUCCACGUUUUCAAGAAGCCGAGCUUCUCCAAGAAAAAGGAGAAGGACUUCAAGGUGAAGGAGAAAGAGAAGGAGAAAGAGAAAGAAAAGGAGAAAGAGAAGGAAAAGGAGAAGCCCCCCAAAGAGGACAAGGUCAAGGAUAAGAAAUCCAAGGACCUUACGGCUGCAGAUGUGGUGAAGCAGUGGAAAGAAAAGAAGAAGAAGAAGAAACCAACAACGGAGGUAGAGCCGGUCCCAGUGGAGAUCCCCACCUUCAGGCCCAUCUUUGGAGCACCCCUGACCGAAGCUGUCAAGAGGACAGCUCUGUAUGACGGCAUCCAGCUGCCGGCCGUCUUCAGAGAGUGUGUGGACUACAUUGAAAACUAUGGCAUGAAGUGUGAGGGCAUCUACCGGGUCUCAGGUAUGAAGUCAAAGGUGGAUGAAUUAAAAGCAGCAUACGACCGUGAGGAGUGCCCCUGCCUGGAGGAAUACGACCCCCACACGGUUGCCAGUCUACUGAAGCAGUACCUCCGCGAGCUGCCGGAGAACCUGCUGGGCCGAGACCUGGCCCAGCGCUUCGAGGACGCCUGCGGUCGGCAGGUGGAGGCCGAGAAGAUGGCGGAGUUCCAGAGGCUUCUGUCCGAGGUGUCACCAGAGAACCGACUUAUUCUCUCCUGGCUCGUCACACACAUGGACCACGUCAUCGCCAGGGAGGCUGAAACCAAGAUGAACAUUCAGAACAUCUCCAUCGUCCUCAACCCCACCAUACAGAUUGGGAACCGUGUCCUCUACACGUUCUUCACACACGUGCCGGAGCUGUUUGGAGACAUCGUGCUGAAGCAGGUGGUGCGACCGCUCCGCUGGUCCAACAUGGCAACAAUGCCGGCGCUGCCCGAGACACAGGAGACCAUCAAGGAGGAGAUCCGACGACAGGAGUUCCUGUUGAACUGCCUCCACCGGGACCUGCAGGCGGGGGUGAAGGACUUGUCCAAAGAGGAGCGACUGUGGGAAGUUCAGCGAAUCCUGACUGCUCUGAAACGCAAACUGAGGGAGGCCAAACGCCAGGAGUGUGAGAGUAAAAUAGCCCAGGAGAUAGCGAGUCUGUCAAAGGAAGAUGUUUCAAAAGAGGAAAUGACUGAGAAUGAAGAGGAAGUUAUUAUCCUCCUCUUAGCCCAGGAAAAUGAGAUCCUGACAGAGCAGGAGGAGCUGAUCUCUCUUGAGCAGGUGCUCCGUAGACAGAUAGCUACAGAGAAAGAAGAGAUCGAGAGGCUGCGAGCAGAGAUAGCAGACAUACAGAGUCGGCAGCAGGGUCGCAGUGAGACAGAGGAAUACUCGUCAGACAGUGAAAGUGAGAGUGAAGACGAGGAAGAGCUGCAGAUGAUUUUGGAAGAUCUGCAGAAGCAAAACGAGGAACUUGAGAACAAGAACACUCACCUGAACCAGGCCAUCCACGAGGAGCAGGAAGCCAUCUUGGAGCUCCGCGUCCAGCUCCGCCUCCUGCACAGCCAGAAAGUGCAGCAGGAGCCGACUGUUCAGCCGCCGGCCGAGCAGGUGCCCCCCCCUCAGCCGAGCCCAGAGGCUCACAGUGAGGAGCAGCCCAAACGCCCCGUCAUCGCGGCGACUGCUGCCACCGACGCAGCUGCCUCAGCCAAUGGGAAGUCAGCAAAGGAUCCGUCAAAGCCCUCGCCGAGCAAGGACAAGAGAGACUCCAACAUGUGACGUCAGCCUCACUCGUCCUCCACCGGAGAUUUCACAUUUCUGGAUCAGUGCGUUCGUGAGUGAUUGUGUCAGCAGAGUGACAGCCAUGUCAAAGUAUUUUAUAUGUCCAUUGUCUUUGGUUCCUUGACUCUCAGCACAAAUUCAUUGUUUCUCAUUUCCCCACAAAAUACAAAAGAAGAAGAAACGUGAGAGAAAAAGGGGGGGGCCAUAUUUUCAAAUCCACAGUGCCAAGCCUGUAUGAGGGGAGGGGGGUGGAAGAGAGUGGUGACCAUAGAGAGUUUAUUUUUUACAGGUGAGGGCUCUGUAACUUGUUUUGUCCCUUACCUUGACAUUUCUCACGUUAGGACAGAGACCACUGUGCCAUACCUGAAGAUGCCAGACUGGACGAGUUCCCCCAGAGAACCACUAACACAAAAAAGCUCUUUGAUUAAUGAAGAAUUUACGAUUGGUCUAUCUAUAUAUUAUAUAUUUAAAGUAGUAUUCUGAAGAAUACAAAUGACUAUUCCAAGAAAAUGCAUUGAUUUUGAAUUAGUGCUUUUUAGUAAUAUAUGAUUAUACAUGUAUAAAUACGUUGUAGAUGCUUUCUUUUCCUCUGAACAGCUGUGGUGUCGUGCUUCACAGCUGACCAGUGGAUGAAACGGCAAACAAAUACACAGUCGUGAGUGCAACCGUAGACAAACGGCUGGAGGCGACACUUAGCAGUGCAAUCAUCUUCCUGAGGAAACAUUUCUCGGUGUUGCGACGCGAUAACAAACGUGUAGGCUCAUUUCCAUUUUGCUGUGUGUUAGUCCGUGUGUGGUUGUUUAACUCUUGUUGUGUGGAGUUAUUAUUUAUGACAUCAGUGGGCCGUGAGGGACCACAACACGACUCAAUCAUUUCAUUUCUCAGCCGAUCCAUGACUGUUGUGAAAGUACUGUCAAUAGCAUGGCCUGGCUUACUUUGCUGCAUUUGUAUAUUAUUGUAAAAUUGCAGACAUACUGUAUUUUCAGCUCUUUAUGUUGUUUCAUGUUUUUUCCUUUUUUUUAAUUAAUGACCUGUAUGAAGUAUGUGAGUGUGACUGCAUCUGCUUUGGUCACGGGCAAAUCGAAGCAAACUCAUGGGGACUCAUGAUCCAGUGUGUUUAUUAAUCCUGUGACUGAAACAGAGAAACGCUUGAUCGGGCCGAGAAGCUUCUCACAAGGUUAUUUUCAUAUUGUUCUGAGCUUUUUCAGCUUAUUGUUGCAGACAGAAUAAUGCUGUGAAGAAUAAAGUGUCAAUCCGAAUCACU